UUUGUACCAUUCGAGCUUCCGUACUCAGGAAGUGGCUGUCAGCUGCCGUUGUCUGUUAGCUUUGCUAGCCCGACGCCGGCGGUACAACACAAGGGCAGAGAAGCUUUGGUGUUAACUUAGCAGUUUUUACUGCGUGAAUUCAAACUCACUCUGUUGUUUUAUCUGCCCUGCCACGACACUGAAGAUGCCCCUCAAGCCGCCGGGACGUUGGGCUGUCAGAGUCAUGAAGAGAGUGGUCCUCGUGGAGGUGGCCGGUGCGUACGCGGCCUUCUGUCUGUUCCACAUGAUGGACAGGAGUCAAGACUUCAGGAACACCAUGAAGAGGAGGCUCCCGUCGGUGCUGGAAGUUUACUACCGGUCCUACGAGUGGGCAGGGUACACCGGCAUACGAGAGAGAGACCACGAAGCCUGGGCGGCCAAACAGAACUGAACGUGCCAGUUCAACGUCGAGGCGGCAGCUGCUACUUCCUCCUCCUCUUGUUCCCGAACGUCUUGCCUCCCGCCCUCGCGUGGCCGAACAUCUUCUUUCUGUUGAACAUCGUCUUCUUCCUGCGCAGCGUCUUGGCGUCGCGGCCUUGGAUCCAGUCGUCGCGCUGAGCCUCCCACUUCAGCUGCUUCAGGCCUGCGGGACAGACAGGAAGUGUUAGGAAGGACAAGGACAGCACGCCAACAUGGCUGCAUGGAUCUGAUGUGACUCUCACGAUUUCGGGAAAGCAGCGGAGCUCUGCGGGACCGAGGAAUGAGAUGGGUCGGUUUCAGUUCUUUGUAAAUAUCACCAGACUUCUCUUGGAUUUAUGUGAAGGGAAGCUCCAGUAUUUAUUAACCCGAGUGUCAUAUUUCAGUCCAUUUUGACUGAUGGUCAAAAUAACGUUUUACUCCCCAUCAGCAAGAGAAAGACGGUAAAAAGGGAAAGAAAAAGCCCAGGACAGCCUGUCUGUGUGCAGCCUGUCUGUCUGUGUGCAGCCUGUCUGUCUGUGUGCAGCCUGUCUGUCUGUGUGCAGCCUGUCUGUCUGUGUGCAGCCUGCCUGUCUGUGUGCAGCCUGCCUGUCUGUGUGCAGCCUGCCUGUCUGUGUGCAGCCUGCCUGUCUGUGUGCAGCCUGUCUGUGCCUUCACUGAACCUGACUGGAGUCGUCCGUGAGGCUAAGCAGAAGCUGUUACUGUGUCGGUCGCUCAAGAGAAACUGUUGCCAAAAUGUCCUAAUGGUGGCCUGCCAGCUGUGAGUGCUAAGAACAGCUGGAGCUUCAGCACAGCCUGAAAGUGAACUCAAAGCUGUCGACGAGUCCAGCUUAACCCGUGAAGACACAUUAUCUGUUUACACAGCAGCCGGCGCCUCCAGGUGUCCACAGGUCGACUUUUAAAUGUCGACAAACACGUGAACCUGCUGCUCACGCCUGCAUUACAGGCUGCUGGAGACAGUUUUCACAGGCUGCAACUCAUUCGUUACGACGCUCGCGCUGCAGGUUUCCUGAAUCCUCACAGAGAAAAUAAUCAGUUUCCACAAAGACUUUCUACAGGAAGCUCUGAGGCAGGAGAAAGAAAGUUUAUGUAAGUGUUUAAUCCUAAGUUAUUAAACCUGGCAGGUUUAUCAGGCAAACUGAAUAAAGAAACUCCUGUUGA